AUGUGCGACAAGACUGAAGAAGCAAUAUGCGGCCAGCCAACAGCGGCAUUCUACCUCAAACCCCCAUUUCAGAUCGACGACACCAAUCCCGAUGAUAUUCGCUGGUGCGAGCCGUGCCGCGUCGCCACCGUCUCGAUGCUUGUCAUGUCUUUCGCUCGCGGCCAAGGACUGGCUCCCCUUGCCAACCUUUCAGAGCCGCUUCCUUCGCACGUUGAGGGUUGGCUCAGCACUCGUCUCGGGCUGGCUUCCAAGACGAAGCUGUUUCGGGAUGUCUUCAUGCCUAGGAUGAGGGCUCUGAUGAUGAGGGAGCGCAGACGCAUUGUUGAGAAGGGGGGCCUUGUCAAGACAGAUCAAGGAUGGAAAAUAUGUGACGACUUGGCGAGCAACCGUGUUGCUGAGUGGUUGGCUACCACAGCAAAGAUUCCCUCCAGGGAUGUCCAACAGUUGGCCCGAAAGCCAGCUCCAUUGGGCCUUGCAGCAUCCCGCUUCGCAUCUCCAUCACUGGCAAAGACGGGCAAUGCCAUGUACACGGGGCGAGCCCAGCCACAGUCCACUGCAGUCCGACAUGUUCCUGUCCAAGACGAUGUGCCUGCUCCGCCAACAACAGGUUCGACUGCGGCUUCAACGGUCGCUCCCCAACGACAGCCUGCGCUCCGGAGGACACUGACAGGUCGGUACGAUGCGAUUUUCAACUCGAGACUGAGCGAUUUGGACAUGGAGGUAGAAGAGUCGCUGGACAUGAUUGAACAGUUGCUGAAGCUGUGA